GGGAGAUCCUGGUAUUGACAGAGAUGGAGCCUGGACGCGGAGGCCCUUCUGUGCUGCCCCGCUGGCCCCGGCCUAGGCGGCAGCUUGCCCUGUGGCCAUCGCUGGCCACUCUGGUGCUGCUGAGCAGUGUUGCUGAGGCCUCCCUGGGCCUUGCGCCCCGCAGCCCCGCCACGCUUGACGGCCCCGCGCCAGCCCCGGCGCCCCCCGCCGGCCCCCUGACCGGUGGCCGCGCUUCCCGUUUCUGCAGCGGAAGAGCCCGGCGGCCGCCCCCGCAGCCGUCCCGGCCCGCGCCCCCGCCGCCCGCGCCCUCGCCCGCUCCCUCCCGCGCGGGGCGUGCCGCGCGGGCCUGGGGCCGAGGUGGCCUCGCGAGCCGGGGGAGCCGCGCGCGGGCCGUGGGGGGGCGGGGCUGCCGCCUGCGCUCGCAGCUGGUGCCGGUGCGCGCGCUCGGCCUGGGCCACAGCUCCGACGAGCUGGUGCGUUUUGGCUUCUGUAGCGGUUCCUGCCGCCGCGCGCGCUCCCCGCACGACCUCAGCCUCGUCAGCCUGCUGAAAGCUCGGGCCCUGCAGCCACCUCCGGGCUCCCAGCUGGUCAGGCAGCCCUGCUGCCGACCCACGAGCUACGAGGCUGUCUCCUUCAUGGAUGUCAACAGCACCUGGAGGACCGUGGACCAGCUCUCAGCCACUGCCUGCGACUGCCUGGGCUGAGAGCUCUCCCCAAGGAUUUGCGGAUGGCACCCUUACAUGGGGAAUCUCCCUGGCUGGAAGGGACCACGGGCCUCAACCAGAGAUGGACACCACCGGCCUCAACCAGAGAUGGACACCACCGGCCUCAACCAGAGAGGGACACCACCGGCCUCAACCAGAGAGGAACACCACCGGCCUCAGCUGGGCUUGUGAUGGGCAUCAGCCCUGGAGGAUGAGGGAUGGCAGUCCUCCCCUUCCUAGUCCCAGCCCUGCAGACACCAGAGGCCUCGGCUACGGAGACCUUAGGACCACUCCUCACGGACUCUGGCACUGAGCAGGCCACAGAGCCAGGACUCCUCCUCUGGAGAACCCAGCAGAGUUUGAGGUCUCAGCCUCCGCCCAGGCCCUGGGGGCACAGAAUGGGAGGAGGCACACUGCCGUCGCAUUGCUGAAGUGCCUGUGGUGGAGUGGCCUGGUACUCACUCCAGAGACCUGGACCCCUAUUUAUUAUUUCUAAGUUAUUUAUUUACUUCUGUGGUUUGUCAGAUCCUUUCCUGGGCAGU